CCCAGCUGCUAUGCAGUUAUCCAACUGAUCGCAAAUCGCAAUAACAUUCACAGUUCUGCUCAAAUUCGUAGUCUAGGUUUCCUCCUUCCAAACAAAAAUGCCGCCAUUAAUCUCUCUGCAACUCCGACGGCAGCUUCUUCACCACCUCUUCUCCAUCCCCUCUCAACCCCCAUUUUACCUCUACACACCCCUUUAGAUUACCAUUCACGCUCUCUAACCCAUUCACAACCCAAACCGCAGAUUCGAUUGCUCAAUCUCUUUCCAGCAAUUCAGACCCUCUAGAGAUUACCCAAAGACUCAAGCUUCACUUCUCUCACAUCAAACCCACCCCUCUGUUAAUCACCCAAACUCUGAAUAUCUCCCCGGAGGCCGGCCGUUCUGUUUUAGGGUUUAACGAUUGGGUUAUCUCCCACCCCGAUUUCAAACACUCGGAUGAAACGCUCUCGCACUUCGUCGAUUAUUUCGGUCGAAGAAAGAUUUCAAAGCUGUUCAAGAUUUGCUGGUCAGUGGUAACAUAUCUGUCGCGGGCCCUAAAACUCUCCACUCCUCCAUUGAUAGGCUGGUUCGUGCUGGUAGGCCCACUAAAGCUCUGGGUUUUUUCGAAAGAAUGGAGAAGGAGUAUGGGUUCAAAAGAGACCAAGAGUCGCUGAGAUUGGUUGUGCAGAAGUUGUGCGAAAAUGGGUAUGCUAGCUACGCGGAGAAAAUGGUGAAAGACUUGGCCAAUGAGAUAUUCCCUGACGAAACAAUAUGUGAUCUGUUAAUCAAUGGUUGGUGUGUUGAUGGAAAGAUCGAUGAAGCCAGAAGAUUGGCUGGGGAGAUGUACAGGGGGGGCUUUGAGAUUAGCACAAUGGCCUAUAAUGCAAUGCUUGAUUGUGUUUGUAAGCUUUGUAGGAAAAGAGAUCCAUUUCGGCUUCAGUCUGAAGCUGAAAAGGUGUUGCUUGAUAUGGAAACUCAUGGAGUCCCAAGGAAUGCGCAGACUUUUAAUGUGUUGAUGAAUAAUCUUUGCAAGAUUAGGAAAACAGAGGAAGCACUUGGUCUGUUUCAUAUGAUGGGGCAAUGGGGGUGCAAUCCCGAUUCAGAGAGUCAUUUAAUUUUGAUCAGAAGCUUGUAUCAGGCAGCUCGAGUCGGGGAAGGGGAUGAGAUGAUGGAUAGGAUGAAGUCUGCUGGGUUUGGUGAGAAGCUUGAUAAGAAGGAAUAUUUUGGCCUUUUGAAGAUAUUGUGUGGGAUUGAGAGGGUUGACCACGCUAUGACUGUUUUUGAGAAGAUGAAAGCUGCAGGCGAUGGGUGUAAGCCCGGGGUAAAGACUUAUGAUUUGUUAAUGAGGAAAUGGUGCGCUCAUAAUCGCCUUGCUAGAGCCAAUGCUCUUUACAAUGAAGCCUUGAUGAAUGGCGUCCCCGUGGAAUCUAAGCCGUCUUUUAUGAUAGAUCCAAGAUACGCAAAGAAAACUGAAGCUGUGAAGAAGGAGAAGAAGAGGGAGAGUUUGCCUGAGAAAAUGGCUAGGAAGGGGAGACGUCUUAAGCAAAUUCGACUGAGUUUUGUAAAGAAGGGUCAGGGGCCAAGGCGCUUUGCCUAAACUUGCCUUACUGAGAUUUUAAGUGGAAUGACACUUCCCAUUGGUGGUAAGAAAUGUUGUAAUUUGUAAAAGAUCUGAGUGAUGCUUCGGAAAUGUGGAUUAUCAAAUGGGCACUAGGUCUAUACUCCUUAAAUAUGCCAAUACUUUGCAAUGUUUUAAAAUUUUUUAGCAUAUGAGAUUGCAGUUUUUUAAGUAUAAUGUCUCUCUACGUAGUCUGAAUCUUUAGUUUGUAUGAAUAUACAGGCACAAAGAUGUUGGAAACUGAUCAGACUAGGGGAGACUGUUCAAGUUGUUUGCACUGAGAAAAAGUGAAUAAUUUUGGUAUGUUUGAAGAAAAGGAAGCUCUAUGUUUCGAGUGAAGAAUUUGGAAUAGGUCAUUUUGAUCUUAGCACAUACGUUCUUCUUUAUUAUAGGGCCUAAUUUUAUCAUGUAGGAGAAUGAUGAAGAUAUGUUCCUCAAUUCUUCUCCUUCUCCCAUCACUAAUCUCACAAAUCUUGAAUGCAAAGAAUGGUUAAAUUCAGUCUGUGUAGUAGUUUAGUUUUUGUUGUUGACAUUUUUUUUGGCAGCACUGGAGGACUGUUAUAAAUUUUAUAAUCUAUCCUUAAAAUUUAUACAUGGUUGGGGGGAAAUUGAGAGAUGAUUAAAUCGAAACAAAUAUUCUAAUUAAAUAGUCAUUAUCUAGUACUACCUCCGUCAUGGUGGACUUUGUCAAGUGCAAAGUAGGUGAGAAAUAAGAAUAGUAAAAACUGUGUGGUUGAGAUUUGUGCAAAUGAGUGAGAAAUGUGCAGAACCACAAAUUAGUUGCUUUAAUAGGAAAAUGACAAAGUUUUUUGGGACAACCAAAAAAGGAAAGUUGGCAAAGUCCAAUGGGACGAAGGGAGUAUAAAACUAUCAAACAGAAAUACAUUAUAAAAAACAAAAAAAAAAUAUAAAACCUCGCCUAACCCUCACUGUCCCCUGCAAAAUGCACCAACCAAACAAGCCCUAUGAUAGAUGGUUAGGAACUUCAGUUACACACAUCAUGCUAGUUAACCUUAUUAGCUCUUCAGUCUCUCCAUCCAUUUGCACAUCAUCUUUCUUCAUCCAUUCAGCAACAUUGAGUGGCAGUUUACCAGCUAGGGGUGGAUUUGGUUCGGGCCACCCGGCCCGUGAUCCGGCCCGUGACCCGGCCCGGCCCGGUACUGUGCGGGCCCGGGACCGGCCCGGUCGGGCGGUCCGGGACCGGGUGUGGACCCGAACCGGUGGGAAUGGACGGGGCGGGCACGGUGCCGGAUAAAUGUGACCCGGCCCGGGUCCUGGCGGUCUGAUUUUUUUUAAAAAAAUUUUGAAUUGGGCUACUAGCCGUUGGGGGUGGGCUGGGGACAACCCAAAC